UUGAAAACGUACCUCAAGAUUGAAGAGGUUCGCAUAAAAGUGCUUCUUCUUGGAGUCCAUGAGCUCUGUUACAGUCAGCACAACGAUGGAGCCACGAUUUUGCGACGGGCAUUGGAGGAGAAAGGUUUAAUUCAGAAAGGGAAGCUUUUUUCUUUUGAGGCGGGCUUCGAGAGAGGCGGUGGAGGAGAUGAAGAGUUAUCCCUAACCCUAGAGAGAGAAAGAGAUAUAGAAAGAGGGGUGACGGGGGAGAGAGAUAAGGUGAAGAGGAGAGGGAAGCCGGGGCAUAGGUGGAGUUGUCCAUGGGUCGAUGCUAACGUGAGCCGGCUACGAGGGAGCUUGAGCUUUGCUAAAGUGCGCGGGGCUUCUUUUCCUAUGCCGUUCUCUUCUGGUUGA